GAUUUCGAACAAAAACAAAGGCAAGCUGCGGGGACUAAAGUUAUUUGUGGUUGAAAUUAUUAAACUGGGACUGUUUGUCCGAGCUAUAAGCAUGGCCUGGCGUUCUGUUGGUGCUAGCAAUCAGGAUCUUAUACGCCAAUUGAAAGAGUACGGCGUCAUUGGAUCCGACGCAGUGGCAAAGGCAAUGAUUGAUACGGAUCGAAAACACUAUUCCCCACGCAACCCCUACAUGGAUGCGCCUCAACCAAUUGGGGGCGGAGUGACUAUUAGCGCACCACAUAUGCACGCCUUUGCAUUGGAAUAUUUGCGCGAUCAUUUGAAGCCAGGUGCUCAUGUGCUGGACGUCGGCUCUGGUUCGGGUUACCUAACCGCCUGCUUCUAUCGCUACAUCAAAGCGAUGGGGGAGAUUGCUGACACCUGCAUUGUGGGCAUCGAGCACCAGGCCUCGUUAGUGGCAAUGAGCAAGGCCAAUUUAAAUUCCGACGAUCGUAGCAUGCUCGACUCUGGAACGCUAAAAAUUGUGCAGGGCGAUGGACGCAAAGGAUACCCGGCACAUGCGCCGUACAACGCCAUACAUGUGGGAGCCGCUGCUCCCGAUACGCCCACCGAACUCAUCAAUCAACUGGCCAACGGAGGCCGCCUGAUAGUGCCAGUUGGACCCGAGGGCGGCUCGCAGUACAUGCAGCAAUACGAUAAGGACAAAAAUGGUAAAGUAGAGAUGACGCGUCUUAUGGGGGUGAUGUAUGUUCCACUCACGGAUUUACGCUCCUGAUGGCAAAAAAUUGUACAGGUGCUAAUCGUUGUGCUGCUGAUUGGCAUAGUUAUCUACCAAAUUCGUAAUUUUGUUCGCUAACUUAAUUAUUUGGUCAGCAGACAGGCGGUCAGGAACAGAACCCUUAAUGAAUUAUCAACACUAAAAAAAUAGCAAGUCCUUUUAAGUUGAAUUAAUAUAAAUUAUUUGUCUACAUAUAUAUUAUACAGAUCAUAAUUACGUUAAUUAAAAUAAUCCUAUUUGGCUUUUAAGUCCCGAGCAGAAAAAA